GGGCGCUGGCAGCCGGUGCCCGCGGCCGCGACCUUUCUCGCGCCGGUCCGCCCGGCGCAGCCAUGGCGCGCGGGCCGAGCCUCCUGGCGCUCCUCGCGCCGCUCUUUCUCGGCCCCGCGCUGGUGCGCAGCGCCGGCCCUCUGCCGCUGGUGCUCAACACAUGGCCUUUUAGGAACGCGACCGAAGCAGCGUGGAGGACCCUGGCGUCCGGAGGCUCCCCGCUGGACGCGGUGGAGCGGGGCUGCGCGGAGUGCGAGAGGCAGCAGUGCGACGGCACCGUGGGCUUUGGAGGGAGCCCCGACGAGCUGGGAGAGACCACCCUGGACGCCAUGAUCAUGGAUGGCACUACUAUGAACGUAGGAGCAGUAGGAGAUCUCAGACGAAUUAAAAAUGCUAUUGGGGUGGCACGAAAAGUGCUGGAACAUACAACACACACUCUUCUAGCAGGAGAGUCAGCCACCAUGUUUGCCGAGAGUAUGGGGUUUAUCAAUGAAGAUUUAUCUACUGAUAUUUCUCGAGCUCUUCAUUCAAAUUGGCUUACUCAGAAUUGUCAGCCAAAUUAUUGGAGGAAUGUUAUACCAGAUCCUUCAAAACACUGUGGACCCUACAAACCGCCUAGUAUCUUAAAGCAAGAUGGCUCUACCAAUAAAGAAACAGGAAAUAAAUAUGGCCAUGAUACUAUUGGCAUGGUUGUAAUCCAUAAGAUGGGACAUACUGCUGCUGGUACAUCUACAAAUGGUAUAAAAUUCAAAAUACAUGGCCGAAUAGGAGAUUCCCCUAUACCUGGAGCUGGGGCCUAUGCUGACGACGCUGCAGGGGCGGCCGCAGCCACCGGGGAUGGCGACGUCCUGAUGCGCUUUCUGCCAAGCUACCAGGCUGUAGAAUAUAUGAGAGGAGGAGAAGAUCCAACCAUCGCUUGCCAAAAAGUGAUCUCAAGAAUUAAGCAGCAUUUUCCAAGCUUCUUUGGGGCUGUUGUAUGUGCCAAUGUGACUGGAAGUUAUGGAGCCUAUCACAAUUUCAAAGCAUUUCAAGAUCAACCAUUACUGCCUCUCAUUAGUGUAUUUCCAGAUGGGGAAGAUACACAGCUUACUGAUCAAUAGGACUUAUUAGGUCAGACUGCUUAUUAUUGUUCUUUGAUCUUUUACUUCUCACAGUCCUAUAUUUAAAACACUUGUUUGAGGAAUUCCUUCUCCUUUUUUAAGUACUAAGACACAGAAUUCAACAGAAGUUAUUUGGGGAAAGGGCUUUAUGUAAAAAAUGUAGUCAGUUUCAUUGAUUACCUCUUAGAAAAAUAAACCUUGAAAGGCUCAAAGUUGGAUUCAACAGGAUAGAUAUGAUAAUUAUAUAAUCAUAGAUGAAUUUUAAAUUGACUAGUUCCUUAUAUUAAAAGUAAUGGCAUUAAAAGAGGCCCUUCCUGGGGUUGGAACGAGCAGAAACCCACUGUCGUACACAGGCAGGACCCAGAACCGCCAAGCUGAAGCGGGUGAGACAGCUUCCAGACAAGUGGCUCCUCUAUGAGAGCAGAAGAAUAGGGAGGAACACGGAGCAUGGGGAGGGGGGGCAGAUUACAUGGAGGGGUGAUGGGAACGUUCUAGAAGCCAGAGAAAUAAAAUCUGGAGCAUGUGCCUGAAACUUUUUUGUGCUAAGAAUGGGAUAUGAAAACAGUAAAAUAAUUGUGGCAAUGAAAGCAUGUGUAUAGAGCAAAAAAAUCAGCCUCCAUUCUGAGAUUCAAAGAUAUGGCCUCUCCACUGUCUUCUGGUGGUGACCCCCUGACCCACACCAAGGAAGACGGCUCAGGGUCCUUCCGUGUGGCGUGGCUGGACAGCAGCUGCCAUCAGCCAGUGUCGCGGCGAAUGCGCCAGGUAUGAACUGGCUGUAGUGUGUGCAUUCGAUAUUUGACCAAAUACCUUUCU